AUGCUGGGCUUCUCCAACACUAUUCUAGACCUGGAUUUGAUUGACCCUCCACUUCAGGGAGCACAAUUUACCUGGUCAAGAGGGGAGGAGUCUCUCCAAGCCUCUAGAAUUGACAGGUUCCUUAUCUCAACAGAAUGGAGCGAGAUGUUCAAUACUAUUAAACAGUACCCCUUGCCUAGAGUUUUUUCUGAUCAUAAACCAAUUAUCCUGGAAAGUGGAGAUUGGGAGACCACACCUUCUUAUUUCAAAUUUGAAAACAUGUGGCUUCAAGCUGAGGGUUUCAUGGGCAUGAUAGAAGGAUGGUGGAUUUCUUACACUGUAUUAGGCACCCCAGACUUUGUGCUAAUGCAGAAACUAAGAAAUCUCAAGAAAGACAUUACUAAAUGGAAUAGGGAGGUCUAUGGAACAAUCGAGACUCAAAGGAACAAGGCACUCAAAGAACUUUGA